UACACUUAAUCUGUACUAUAUAAGACAGUCUGGCUGAGAAAUAUUUUAUACAUUUUCUGGUUCUUAUAAUCAAUGCAUGUAUUGGUUCUGCUUUUAUAAUGAAAUUCGUCGUUUCGUUUUUGACGCUGCUUGCGAUCGGUAGCUUUGAAACCGAGGCCUAUACAUUUUCGAGAUGUGAAUUGGUUAGAAAUUUAAGGUGGCACGGCAUACCAGAAAACAAAAUGAGAGAUUGGGUAUGUUUGGUAGAGAAAGAGAGUAGCCGCAAAACAGACGCAAUCGGAAUGCAAAAUUCAGACGGAUCAUGGGACCACGGCUUGUUUCAAAUCAAUGACAGAUAUUGGUGCAACCGCGGCGGCUGGCCGGGGAAGGACUGCAAUGUAUCUUGUGACCAGCUCCGAAGUGCCGAUAUAACAGAAGCAGUGAGAUGUGCUAAGAAGAUCUUCGCCCGCCACGGUUUUUCUGCGUGGGUCGCUUGGCGAAAUUAUUGCCAAGGCGCCCUACCACACAUUAGUCAUUGUUAAAUACAUAGUGUUUAUAUCUAGAACAUUCUAGACUACUAGCGAGGAUAUCGUCUAUAAUAUAAGUCUAAUUUCAAUAGUUUAUUAAGUACGGCCAUUGUGAUGAAUGAUUUUGAAAAUUAAAGAUUUUCUGUCUGGCUGUUUUGUAGGAUUUAGGUAGCAUUUUAAUGCCAACGUUAUGAGAAUAGUGCCUAUUAAAAAUUGUGUUUAAAUUUCCUAAAUUAACUAUGUUUUUACUUAAAUAUAUUGCAGUUAAAUGAUUUAUAUGUUUUGGAUUCGACAAAAUAUAGUCAUACUUUUGAAAGGAGUAUAAAAUCAUAAUAAUUUCUUAGGAAUUUCCUUGUUAUUUAUUUAUUGGUCCCUUUUG